GUUCGAGUCCUGGUCGCGAGGAGACAGACACAGCACCACGUACAUUGUCACCCAUUGAGGCUAUCAAGUGAUGGUGGUCCACUUGAAUUGCCUGAAACGGGUUCCAAAAUGGGAAAAUUGAGGCUUUUCCCGGUGUUGUGCGUUGGACCGUUAAUUCCGUGUAAUAGGAACCCGAGUCAAUAUUUGAUCUUGGUGCUCAGGUGUACGGAGUCUGUCGAUGACAAGAAGCCCGCCGCCUAAUCCAUUGGAUGAGCUUGCAUUCACCCAUUAACAUAGACUGUCUGUGGUGUGGUGCAUAUUCCCAUGUCAUUGAUGGAGCUUGGUGCAACACUUUCUUCUAAGGUUUCCUCGACAUCAUCGUGAAGGUCAAGCGGUAUGAUUUUGAAUAAGUCAUUUACCUCUGAGUUUUGACGUUUCGACAAAAAAAACCGACCGCUUCUGAAGUGAAUGGCGUUUUUCAUAGACUUGACUAUGAACCGUUGCACAACUACCUGUAUUGACGACCAAGCGCGACAAGGAAAACAAAUUCCAAUUCAAAUCUUGAACCCAAUCUGCAUUGUGCUAAGACAAAAGCAGUGAGAAAUGCCCAAGGUUGUCAUGAAUUAUUCAAAGGCCUGAAAGUGGCGUUCUUGCCCGAAAAUGAACGCUAGGCGUCUCCUAAUGCCUGUUAUGUUGAAACCAAGACAAAGUUAUAUUACUCCGGCCUUUAAAGGCCACAGUUUUGAUAUGGAAGUGCGGUGAAUAAUUCAGUUCAAACAAAAGUGGUACUUUCCUACUCAUCCCGAAUUGUGUCUAUCCCUCAACAAACUUGACAUUUACGCAGAAGAAAAUGACAAUCAUCAUUCGACCACGAGUUGAUCCAUGCAAACGAAGAAGCUAUUCAAUCAUUAAGUAAUGUAUGGUUCAACGUGCUUUAGUAUUGGUGGCAAUAGAGCGGCCUUUUCCGCUCUUAUCUUGUUCAUGCACGUCUUAUCCUCAUCGACCGAGCCAUCCGAUAAUAAUAAGUGGCAUAAUUUCCACGCGAAUUCGUAUGAACUCAAUGCAUCAGAGGCGAGGGCAUUGCCAUUCCAGGAUGAAAUUGCUGGCAGUUCCCAGAUCACGAUCACUCUGAACAGUUCCCCCAAGUUGUAUCAGGAAGAGGCUGGAUCGGCCCAAGAAAUGGAUCAUCGCAAGCGAAGACAUUCCAGACACAAACACAACUGGUUUAAGGGCAGCAAAUGGAAGCAUCUUCUACAAAAGAGAGCAGCCAACAAAAACUUGGAACAAAUAAGUGGCAAACUAGACUAUAAAUCAUUCCCAAACUGUUGGACCACCCCGCAACUCUCCAACCAGCGAAGGCAAUUGGAGCCAAGCAAUUUGUGCCAGAAACGACUGAUUGAAAAAAGCUAAC